AUGCCAAAAGGAUUCAAUAUUACAUUUCCAUAUUUACCUCAAGGUCCAAGAACUUUUGAAAUUACAGCUUAUAAUGAAUUCAUACCACAAAUUGAUUCAGUUAUUAGAUAUUCAGAUUAUUUCAUUAUCAAUGGUAAAAACUUUGCAUAUAAUAAUACGGUUAUCAAUGUUUUAAUCUCAAACGAACCUUGUUUAGUAUUAUCAAGUAAUUUCAAUCAAAUUCAAUGUUAUCUUUAUAAUUCAAAUAAAAUCAUCAAUAAUAAGGUAACAGUGAUACAAGUAGGUAGUAAUAGUGGUGGUAUUGUAAAUAAUAAUAAAGAAAUUAAUUGUUUAGUUCAAGUUAUGAAUGUAUCGAAUAGUUUUAAUUUCAAAUUGAAUCAAAUUUGUAAUGGUAGUAAUUGUCCAAUUCCAAAUUGUGCUAAAAAUAGUGGUGAAUAUAGUUAUGUGAAGGGUGUUUGUGAUUGUUUUUCAAAUGAAUGGAGAGGUUAUCAAUGUGAAUUAAGAUCAUUGAAAUGUUCAUCAGAUUGUAAUGAUGAAAAUGGUAGUUUCUGUAAUUAUAUAAAUGGUGUAUGUGAAUGUAAUAAUGGAUUAGGAUGUAAUCAAGGUAUUUGUAAUCAAAUCAAUGGUCAGUGUAAUUGUACAAAUCAAUGGAUUGAUUCAAUGUGUUUAACACCAAAUCAUCAAGUUAAUUCACAACAACUACAACAAACUGAACUUGGUAUUCUAUAA